UGGUGUGAUUUGGUUUUGUUUUCUUGACAGACCUGAAACACUUUUACUAUUUCUGACAGCUACACUGCUUUCCUCAUUUUCCAGCGUAGGAAAAUUGGUUGCUGUUAUAAUAAAUCCCCAUCUAGUGAGAAAGGGAGAUAGAGCAAGAUGCAAAAUGAAAGAUAAAAUGCAAAAAGCUAACAGCCUGGCUGGAGAAAGGAGGCCAUGGGAGGGAAGGAGCGGGAGGGAAAUAAUCACAUAGGUGGCUUCCUGGAAGAAGCGGCCCUAGUAGGCUUGGAAGAGGUCAGUUUGGGAACUGGGGAGAGGGCAGAGGAGGGCAUCUCUGAUGGAGAAACAGCAGCCAGUGGGCAGGAGCUGCAGGGAGCCAGGUUGCAAGCGGGCCUGCUUCCUGCAUUCCUGAGACCGGGUUGGGGUCCCCACCCUGGCUGUGGCCCUGGCCUCUGGGGAGGCACUGGGCAGAACCGGGUGGCAGGGCCCAACCUACUCCGACCCUGGACUCUGCCCAGGAAUUUCUGCUGAAGUGACAAGGCAAGCCAGAGCAAAAGCAGGUUGGACCCAGCUUGUCCCCACAGAGACGUGUGCUUCCCUCUCUCUCUGAAAGCGACCUGCUAACCGCAAAUACCUGGAAGGUCUGGGACAUGGAGAACCACCCCUCAAGACGAAGAGAAUCCAUCUCUCUCACAUCUGUGGCCAAGGGUCUGGAGAACAUGGGGGCUGAUUUCUUGGAAAGCCUGGUCUGUACCCUUCCCCAUCAGUCAUCCCGACCCCUCAGCCUCUUUGGCUUGAGCCCGGCUGCCGAGGAGGAAGGUCAGCUCCCUAGCAGUGACUUAAGCUCCACAGAGAUCACGAGCAGCUGGAGCGAGGCGGUGCCGAAGCCCUUCUCCAGAUGGAGGAACUUGCAGCCAGCCCUGAGAGCCAGAAGCUUCUGCAGGGAGCACAUGCAGCUGUUUCGAUGGAUCGGCACAGGCCUGCUCUGCACUGGGUUCGCUGCCUUCCUGCUGGUGGCCUGCCUCCUGGAUUUCCAGAGGGCCCUGGCUCUGUUUGUCCUCACCUGUGUGGUCCUCACCUUCCUGGGCCACCGCCUGCUGAAACGGCUUCUGGGGCCAAAGCUGAGGCGGUUUCUCAAGCCUCAGGGCCAUCCCCGCCUGCUGCUCUGGUUUAAGAGGGGCCUAGCUCUUGCUGCUUUCCUGGGCCUGGUUCUGUGGCUGUCUCUGGACACCUCCCGGCGGCCUGAGCAACUGGUGUCCUUCGCGGGAAUCUGCGUGUUCAUCGCUCUCCUCUUUGCCUGCUCAAAGCAUCAUUGCGCAGUGUCCUGGCGGGCCGUGUCUUGGGGACUUGGACUGCAGUUUGUACUUGGACUCCUCGUCAUCAGAACAGAACCAGGAUUCAUUGCAUUUGAGUGGCUGGGCGAGCAGAUCCGGAUCUUCCUGAGCUACACGGAGGCCGGCUCCAGCUUCGUGUUUGGGGAGGCGCUGGUCAAGGAUGUCUUUGCCUUUCAGGUUCUGCCCAUCAUUGUCUUCUUCAGCUGUGUCAUAUCGGUUCUCUACCAUGUGGGCCUCAUGCAGUGGGUGAUCCUGAAGAUUGCCUGGCUGAUGCAAGUCACCAUGGGCACCACAGCCACUGAGACCCUGAGUGUGGCUGGAAACAUCUUUGUGAGCCAGACUGAGGCUCCAUUACUGAUCCGGCCCUACUUGGCAGACAUGACACUCUCUGAAGUCCACGUUGUCAUGACCGGAGGUUACGCCACCAUUGCUGGCAGCCUGCUGGGUGCCUACAUCUCCUUUGGGAUCGAUGCCACCUCGUUGAUUGCAGCCUCUGUGAUGGCUGCCCCUUGUGCUUUGGCCCUCUCCAAGCUGGUCUACCCGGAGGUGGAGGAGUCCAAGUUUAGGAGGGAGGAAGGAGUGAAACUGACCUAUGGAGAUGCUCAGAACCUCAUAGAAGCAGCCAGCACUGGGGCCGCCAUCUCCGUGAAGGUGGUCGCCAACAUCGCUGCCAACCUGAUUGCGUUCCUGGCUGUGCUGGACUUCAUCAAUGCUGCCCUCUCCUGGCUGGGAGACAUGGUGGAAGUCCAAGGGCUCAGCUUCCAGCUCAUCUGCUCCUACAUCCUGCGGCCUGUAGCCUUCUUGAUGGGUGUGGUGUGGGAGGACUGCCCAGUGGUAGCUGAACUGCUGGGGAUCAAGCUGUUUCUGAACGAGUUUGUGGCUUAUCAAGAACUCUCCAAGUACAAGCAACGCCGCCUGGCAGGGGCCGAGGAGUGGGUCGGCGACAGGAAGCAGUGGAUCUCCGUCAGAGCUGAAGUCGUCACCACGUUUGCCCUCUGUGGAUUUGCCAAUUUCAGCUCCAUUGGGAUCAUGCUGGGAGGCUUGACCUCCAUGGUCCCCCAACGGAAGAGCGACUUCUCCCAGAUAGUGCUCCGGGCGCUCUUCACGGGAGCCUGUGUGUCCCUGGUGAAUGCCUGUAUGGCAGGGAUCCUCUACGUGCCCAGGGGGGCUGAAGUCGACUGUAUGUCCCUCUUGAACACGACCCUCAGCAGCAGUAGCUUUGAGAUAUACCAGUGCUGCCGUGAGGCCUUCCAGAGCAUCAACCCAGAGUUCAGCCCAGAGGCCCUGGACAACUGCUGUCGGUUUUACAACCACACGAUCUGUGCAUAGUGAGGACAGAACAUGUUUGUGCUUCUGUGCUUCUGAGGGCUGUUCUCCCCCAGGAACCAUCUGUCCCCACCUUCCCUUUCCCAGGGCCCUCUUCAGGGAAGCCACAGGACUUAGACCCAGCUCAAUCCCACAAUUGGGAAGGGGUCAUGGAGUGAGUAUGCAGAGUGAGUGAGGACAUAAGGAAGGACAUGUGCCACUCCAUCCCCCUUCCUGCUCCAUUUCCUAACUCCCCUAGUGUGAAUUCCCAGGGUCACUUCUGCCUCCUCCCCUUUCCCCUCCACAUCCAAACAGCACCCUGGUCCUCUCUAUCCCCCAUCUCCUGGGGUCCCUCACAUGCCCCUUCCCUUCUGUUGUGGGCCGCACACCAAAUCCUCCUCCCCUCCCCACUUCCUGGGCACUAGGAUCUCUCUGUGGCUUCCCCUGCUGGGUGGUGUCACCUCUUUCUCUGCUUUCAGAGACUCCCUUCCCGCCUUUCCUCAGAGUGCUUCCCAAACUGAGGUCCCAUGGCACACAGUCCUGGGAGGCGUUCAGAGGGUUCCCUGAUGGACUAGGUUUGGAACCACUGGGUUAAAUAAACUUAGAGAGGGCUAUUUAGGCUUUUUGUUUGUUUAUUUUUUUGUUUUUUUUAA